AGCAUGUCGCUGCUCCUCAAUCAAGAGGUGUCCUGUGUGGUCACUGCCAUGCGGCAAAACUCCCGCUGGGCCAUGAGGCACCAGGAUGAUGAGCUGAGUGACGAUCCCCUGCUGGAUGAUUUCAAGCUGCUGCGCCGGCGCAUCUUUCAAUGGAAUGGUGAGCAGGAGUGGUCAAAGAUUGAGCCGCUGACAUACCUCGGACCCUUUCUGGAGGUGAUCAGAUCUCCUGAGACCAGCGGCCCCAUCACCGGAGUGGCCCUCACCUCUGUGCGCAGACUGCUCGAUCAGUACUUGUUCGGCAAAGCAGCGUCUGGAGUUGAGGAGGCGAUGCGAGCCACGGCAGAGGCCAUCACGCAGUGCAAGUUUGAGGCCACUGACCCGGCUGCAGAUGAAGUAGUCCUGUACAAAAUUCUGCAGGUGCUGCUGGCAUGCGUGAAGUGCCCAGGCGGGCAGCUGCUGAGCCACGACAACAUCCUGAGCAUUUUUCAGGCCUGCUUCCGCAUCGGGCACUACCAGACCGAGCGCAGCAAGGACAUCUGUUGUGGCGCAGAGCUGCUGACUCAGGCGUCGCGCCAGGUCAUGAUAGAGAUGCUUGCCUUAGUCAUGGCACGCCUCAAAGACCUCCCCCUGGACUCAGCGCCGCUCACAGCUGCCUCACAGCCGCCACCACCCCCAGCCUCCAAUGGUUCGCUGCCAUGCUUGAUGCUCAAAUCAUUGCCCAUCCUUGGCCUGCCUGACUCAGGGGGUUCUAAACAAAUAUUAGUAAAUGCAGCAAGGAGUAUUUUCCUUGAAAAGGCUGGAAAAGCGUGUAAUAACACUGUGCUAAUCAGCGCAUGUGCUGUCGGGUGCGCAGAGGUGGGCCUGCAGACGUUCCUGGACUUGCUGGAGUUUGUCAUCUCACUCAUGCAUAUCUCUGCAGGCAUCUCCAGAGGCACUGAAGCGCGGACACUGAACCAUUUGUUUAAAUCUGCAGACUUGGACAUAUUCGGACUGGAGCUGAUGAAUGUGGCGCUGAACGUUGGCGGAUCCGCGCUCGGCCGCCACGGAGCUCUGCUGCAGCUGCUGCGGCAGGACGUGUGGGCUGCCCUUGCUCUCGCCGCCUGCCGACCCAACCUCGCCACCCUCUCCCAUGCCUGCCAGGUUGCGCUGUCACUGUACGUGGCGUUGGGUCGGCGGGUGCUGCUCCAGUCGGAGGCGUUCCUGGGCCGACUGCUGCUGCCGCUCGCAGAGGGCAAGGCUGCCACUGGGGUGGCGCGCCAAGAGGCCGCCCUCGAGGCCAUCCUGGACUUCUGCAACCAACCGGGAUUUAUGGCGGAGGUUUACCUGAACUUGGACUGCCGAAUCGAGCGCUCGAAUCUCUUCGAGACCGUCUGCACGCUGCUGUCUAAGACGGCGUUCCCUGUCAAUGGCUCCCUCGCCUCUGUACACCUUCUCUCCCUCGAGGGCAUCCUCUCCAUACUUUCCUCCCUUGCCGCCAGGUGGGUUCCUUUUCCUCCCUUUGCCAAGCCAUGCAAUGUGCUGAGUCAUUUUGAAAGUCAUCGGGCACUGCACGAAGCGAGCACGAGUGGAAAUGAUAAGAGCGAGGCGGCUGCGGCGGCCGCGGUGCUGAGGGAGAAGCAUGCAAAGAACCGGCUGGCGGUGGCGGCAGACCAUUUCAACCGGGACUACAAAAAAGGAUUCCAGUUUCUGCAGUCGUUGGGCCUUCUGGGAGAGAGCCUGGAUCCUGGAGAGGUGGCGAGGUUUCUGCGUCACUGCCCCGGCCUCUCAAAGCAGACCAUUGGGGACCUUCUGGGCGAGAAUGACCAGUUCUUCCUGGACGUGCUUGACGACUUCACAGCAACCUUCAACUUCAAGGGGCUCCCCUUCGACAUGGCGAUCCGGCUGUACCUGGAGUCCUUCCGGCUGCCGGGAGAGGCGCAGAAGAUCAACCGAGUCAUGGAGUCCUUCGGCAAGCACUACCACGCGCAGUGCCCCGACCUCUUCAAGAACGCCGACGCGGUCUACAUCUUGGGCUACUCCGUCAUCCUGCUCAACACCGACCAGCACAACAUCGGGGUAAAGAAGAAGAUGACGUGCGAGGAGUUCAUCCGUAACAACCGGGGCAUCAACGGCGGCGCGGACCUGCCGCACGCGUUCCUGCGCGAGCUGUACGCGUCGAUAAGCCAAAACGAAAUUCGAAUCUCGGCGGACCAGCAGCAGGCGGCGGCCGCGGCGGGGCCCGUCUCCGGAGGCGCUCCCGUCGUCAGCGCUGUCCUGUGGACCGACCUCGCGCAGCAGGCGCUGCGGCCGCGCGGCAGCUUCCGCGCAGCUGACGGGGCAUUGACUGCCGUGGACCGCCAAAUGUUUGCGUUGCUGUGGGGCCCCACGGUGGCGGCUGUAUCAGUCAUCCUGGAUCACUCGGAUGACAUAAGCGUGACUCGCCAGGCGCUCGACGGCCUCCUGCUCUGCGCGCGUAUCGCCUCUGCCCACUGCAUCGACGAGGUGCUGGACAGCCUGAUGGUGGCGCUGACUAAGUACACAGCGCUGCUCAAUCCGGCGUCCCCCAAAGCCACCGUAGCAUUUGGCCUCAACGCCAAAGCGCGCGCCGCAACUGAGACCCUGUUUGAGCUCGCAAACAGGUAUGGGGACAGCCUUCGGUCGGGGUGGCGAAACGUGAUGGACAUUGUGCUGCGCCUGCACUCGCUCGGCCUGCUGCCGGCCUCGGUCGCAGCUCUGGAGGGCGAAGACGCGCAGGUCAUCAGCAACACGCAAAAAAUAAAUCUUGAAAAAGACGAACGAGCAACUCGAUCCCGUGACCUUCUGAGUAUUUGCAAACCGCUGAUGCGCUCUGUGGUUUCUGUGCGCAGUUUGAUCUCCAUCGAGAGCUCGGACGGCGGCGGGGCGGCUGAGCUGUCGGCCAGAGAGGCAGAGGCUCUGCAAGCAACGGUUGCUUGCAUCAGCGCUUGCCACAUCGGCGAGCUCUUUGCCGACUCCAAGUUCCUGCAGGCGGACUCGCUGCUGCAGCUGUGUGAGGCAAUUGUGCAUGCGCCCGGCCCGGGGAGAGGCAUCGCCCCCGGAGACAGCUCAGAGACCGCCGAGAUGUGCCUGGAAAUGGUGAUUGCUCUGUCGCUGCGCAACCGCGACCGGCUGCUGCUGAUCUGGCCCCCCGUGCACGCCAUGCUGGCCGCCAUUCUGGCGCCGGGGGGCCAGGGAGGGGACAAGCGGGGGGCCUCCCCACUCGUGGCACGCGCUGCGCUGGGCCUGCUGCGCGUCUGCCAGCGCCUGCUGCCCUACAAGGAGGUGACGGCCGACUCGCUGCUGCGGAGCCUGCAGCUGUUACUGCGCCUCAGCCCCGGCGCCGCCUGGGACCUAGCACAGCCAAUCGCUGCUGAGGUGCUGACGCUGGUGGCGGGCAGCGCUGCCUUCAUCCGCAGCGGCCACGGAUGGCGCACAGUCACAGCGCUCAUCACAGUCACCUCCCUGCACCCGGACGCCGCUCCUGUGGCACUGAACGCUCUGUCUGUCAUCUCUCGGCCGCCGGCUCUCUGCCAAGCCGCCUUCAUGCCCGUGCUUGAAGCUAUUGUGACCUGCGUCGAGCGCUGCGCCAAGGCGGCGGAGGACGGGCGGCGGCUGAUAGACAUGCUGGAGUCCAUGUUUGCCUGGCUGCUGCACUCCGCCAACCCAUCAGCCCCCGGCUCUGCAGAGGCCCUGACAGCUGACGAAGAUGGCCCCGACAACGAUGAGUCAUCCCCAGAGGGGGAUAAGGCAAAGCUGUGGGAGGCUCUAGUAAAAGUGCUGGCGCGGCUGGGGACUCUGCAGAUGGAACCCCUUCGGAACCAGGCGCUCGUCGUACUGCAGCGGAACCUGCCGGCGAGCGAUGCGCUGGCGCUGUCUGGCGCUGACUGGGCGGCCGCUCUGGCAGAUAUCAUAAUCCCCCUUGUGGGACACUUAGCCAUGGCAGUCAAUGCGCAGUCGGCGGCGCUGCGUGGCUCGGAGCGGUCGCUGAAGCUGGCGGUGGGCCUGAUGACUAAGAUCCUGCUGCAGAACCUGGGCAGGCUCCAAGCGCAGCCGGCCUUUGCCAAGCUCUGGGACCGCAUGCUGCAGAAAUAUGUGACUUUCAAAUCCUCCGUGCAGGUGCUGUACGAGUGCAAGAGGAAUCGCAGCGAGGUGUUGGCGGAGGCGGUUCCAGAGGCGCUCAAGAAUGUUCUGCUGGUCAUGGCUGCGCAGGGCGUGCUGGCUCCCUCCUGGACGGAUGCGGAAGGGCACAGCCUGUGGGACCUGACCUGGUACAAGGCGCACGCCAUUUCUGCCAACCUCACCCCCGCGCUUCUU